AUGAUUGCCAAAGAAGAGUCUGCCGAUAACGGCCCUCUCUAUCCCGAUUACCUCCCUCACUAUGACCCUCUCGAAAAAAUCCAGCCCGUCGGCCCCUUUGAGCAUGUCGACCCGGGCCAUCGAGCAGACCCCAAGCUGUCCAACCUGCUGAAAGAUGCAACCAAAGUGUUUGAACUGAGUCCGCAUUGCGGGACAGAGAUUCACGGUGUCCAAAUUUGUGACCUGUCACCAGAAGGACUGGACGACCUUGCUCUUAUGUGCGCAGAGCGAGGCUGUUUGGUGUUUCGCGAUCAGACAUAUACGGACGCUGGAUUUGCGAAGCAAAAGGAGAUUGCUGAACACUUUGGACCUCUGCAUAAGCAUGGAUGGAUGCCCCAUCCCAAGGCCGCCGUGCACUCGGUUGAAACCGAGGAGUUUGUUAUUGUCUAUGACUCGAAAGAUGACCUUCGAAUCCGCAAGUCGUGGUCGAGGAAAAGCCCUAUCCAGUUCCACGUUGACCAGUCACCUGAACUGCAACCCCCCGGUUUAACAUUUUUCUGCAUGCUCGAGUCCCCCCCUGGUGCUGGCGGCGACACCAUCAUUUCCAGCAUGACACGCGCAUACGAGCGUCUCUCCCCAUCUUUCCGCCGCCGUCUCGAAGGUCUCAAUGCAGUCCACACCACGGCCAACCCGAUCACGCGCGAACUGCGCGACAAUGGCGAUUUGGCCGUGCUGCGCCGACCCAUCACAAAGGCAGUACACCCGGUAGUAACAGUGCACCCAGUGACCAAAAAGAAGGCUCUGUUUGUCAAUUCGUCAUACACACAACGCAUCGUCGGAUGGGACGAUGAAGAGUCUGACUAUAUGCUCAAGUUUCUGUUUGACCAUGUCAACCGGGGACAGGACUUUUGCUGUCGCGUGCGCUACGAGCCGGGGACGGUGGUGGUGUGGGAUCAGAGAGUGACGCAGCAUUCACAGACACUGGAUUACGAGGCUGGUGGUCGGAGGCAUGCCUUUAGACUGACUCCGUUGGCAAAUGUGCCUAUUCCGGCGCUCGUCGAGGAGGAUGAUGGGGAGUGUGCAAAGGACGGGGGCAGGAUGAUGCUGGGUCUUUGCUAG